AUGGGAGGGAGAAAGAGAAAGGCGACUACUGGGGAAGUAGCGUCACCAGGAGCUACAGCGGCAGUAACCGCAAAUGGUACAGCUGCCAGAGGUCAAGGAUCGCCACAAUACGAGGAUGGCAAAAGGGUCAGGCUACUCACAGAGGCACAGAGACCCUCGACGUCCACUGCUCAGAUCACAUCAGCUACAUGCCCUCCAGCGUCGCCGACUCGCGAGUCAAAAGCCAGAUCUGCAGGGACAUCUCAGCAACUCUCAGCGAGAGAUCACGUCUCUUCCGCCGCCCCACUCGCCGAGAGGCUGCGGGCUCGUUCCCUAGACGAAUAUGUAGGGCAAGAGGAUAUUGUCCACGGGCCUCUCGCAGCUCUCCUCAAGCAAGGUCGGAUCCCCUCUUGUAUCCUUUGGGGACCUCCUGGCGUAGGUAAGACGACGCUUGCCAGACUCCUGACCAAGGAAGUCAAUGAACGGUGGGGUUCCAGAGACACCAAAGGCGCUGCUGCUGCUGGUCAGUCAAACAUGCCGCUAUAUCGCUUCAUCGAGCUCUCCGCCACGACGACCUCGACAGUGGACCUCAAGAAGACUUUCAGCACUUCACUGUCCCAUCUGCAGCUCACAGGCCAGCGCACUAUUAUAUUCAUGGACGAGAUUCAGCGCUACUCGAGAGCUCAGCAGGACGUCUUUCUGGGACCCGUAGAGAAGGGCCAGGUCGUACUGGUCGCUGCUACGACAGAGAACCCCAGCUUUAGGCUACAGGGUGCACUGCUCUCAAGAAUGAGAGUAUUCGUGCUCAAGAAGCUGACUGCUGAGCAGGUACUGAAGCUGCUCAAAGCAGCUAGGGAUAGAGUGGCCAAGGAGGAUGGCCUGAUCAAAGAGGAGACAAAUGGAGUAGCGGCAACGAGGAUCAAGUCUGAGUCUGAGCCUGAGGAAGUGGCCAUAGAAGCAGACUUAUCCCACCCUCCGAACCUCCUCCCCGACUCGAUCUUGUCCUACAUCGCAAAAGCAUGUGACGGAGACGCUCGAUCAGCGCUGCAAUCCCUCGAGAUCGCGCUAUCGCUCUACGACGCCGGCGCAACUGCCGAUGUCAAUCUCACCAACCUCAAGUCGACGCUAUCAAGACAGGCUUUCCACUAUGAUCGAACAGGCGACCAGCAUUACGAUACCAUCUCUGCGCUGCACAAGUCGAUCAGAGGUUCUGACCCUGAUGCUUCCCUCUACUGGCUAGCCAGGAUGGUAGCAGCGGGCGAUGACCCCCUCUUCAUCGCUCGUCGCCUCAUCGUCGCGGCGUCCGAAGACGUCAAUACCCUUUCUGCCCUUCAGCUAGCCGUUGCGACCUAUCAAGCCUGUCAGCUAGUUGGUCUGCCCGAAUGCGGUGAGAAUCUCGCGCAAUGCGUAGUAGCCUUGGCCGAAGCGCCCAAGAGCACUCGUGCUUAUCGGGGCUGGAAAAAGGCUCUGGCGUGCGUAAACAGCGAGAAGCAAUACGAGGUGCCCUUCCACAUCCGCAAUGCCCCAACAAAGCUCAUGAAGCAGCUCGGCUGCGGGAGGGAGUACAGGUAUGAGCCGCGUUUUGCGCAUCCUGUCUACCAGAGGUUCUUCCCUGAGGAGAUGGGAGAGGAGAGGAGGUUCCUCUCUCCGCCGCCCCAGGCAGGUCCCGGCGCUGUUGAGCCGGCUUAUGCGGCGGCGUUCCAGCUCCUGCCGCAAGGGCAGGGACAGAGCGAGACAUCAACCUCGAGUCCAGCACCAGGAGCUACAUCUGCCCCCGCUCAGACCGCUGCGCCCACCGCUCGGGGGCGCUUUCGAUCUCCAUCCAUCUCUCCCUCCAAACCCAACCCCUCCAGUAGCUCCCUCCUCCCCACCUCGGCAGGUAUCGGCCCAGGCGCCUGCCAGCGCAUCUUCUCUCUGAACUCCCGCAUCGUCGACUUUUCCCUGUUGGACGAGUGGGAGAAGAUGCGCAAUGGGGGCAAGGAAUGGAGUGGGAGGAGGGAUCUUGAGAGGAGGGUUUGGAGUGGGGUAGCUGCUGGAGGGGCUGGAGGCGGGGAUGAGGUGAGGGAAAUCUUUGAUUUUGGACAGGAGAUGGAGAGGGAGGAUGAGAGGGUGGGUAAUGGGGAGAAGGACGGGGAGGCAGUGGAAAGUGAAGGAGAAGGGGAGAGAUACGAGUAG